UCCAUGCAUCAAGCUGAUGAAUCUGAUGAGUGUGGUAGUGUGAGCCAUAUAUAUAUAUAUAACUCUGAUUGAUCUCUGUCUAGCUAGCUAUCCACCAUUCAAUUAGCUCAUGCAGAAUGCUGAUGCAUGCAUGUAGGAUAGGUAUAUAGCAGCUUGAUCUGAGUAGUAAGUAGAUCAGUACUAGCUUAGGCUACUAGCUAGGAAUAAUAUACAAUAAUGCCUCAGACGCCGUCGACCCGUUGGUGCCCGACGCCAGAGCAGCUGAUGAUCCUGGAGGAGAUGUACCGCAGCGGCGUGAGGACGCCCAACGCGGCGGAGAUCCAGCAGAUCACGGCGCACCUCGCCUACUAUGGCCGCAUUGAGGGCAAGAAUGUCUUCUACUGGUUCCAGAACCACAAGGCCCGCGAGCGCCAGCGUCUCCGCCGACGCCUCUGCGCGCGGCACCAGCAGCAGCAGCAGCAGCAGCAGCAGCAGGCCGGCGGCAGCAGCGCCGCCGCUGUGCAUCCGGCGGUGAUGCAGCUGCACGGCCAUCACCACCACCACCCAUACGCAACCACAGCAGCAGCUGCGCUGAGCAAUCAGCAGCAGCUGGAGGAGUGGGACGCAGAGACGAUAUCGAUGAUGGAGCACUGCAACGCCAACUGCGGUGGCGACGAGGGUCUCCAGCUGCCGCCAUAUGCAUGCUGCCGUCGCCCUCUCAAAACCCUGGACCUCUUCCCCACCAAGAGCACUGGCCUCAGGGACGAGUGCAGCAGCUCCAAAUCCUCCUCCUGCUCCACAUCCACCAACUAAUAAACAUAAUUAUUAUUAAUUAUUUAGUUUCGUUGAUCUCUCAUGUCUAGCUUGCAUUGCAUUGAUCUAGCUAUUGUACGUUUCGAUUUAUAUAUUUGCAAGGUUAUUAAUUGAUGAUGUACCGCGCGCU